UUCAGUCCAGUCUCAAGACAUUAUUGAGACAUAUAUGUCCUCGGUCAUGAUGGAGAGUUUGUCUUUUCUUACGCAAGUUUGAUGAGAAGUAAUUCGUUCUCCCCGGAAACAGGACAGUCACUGGGACGAUGCAUGAACAAGGUCACGUUGAAGUGAAGACUUGGCCUCAAAAAGGAAAUGAUGCUCUUGACUCAGUCUCACUUGUAUUUAACCCCCUUAAGACUUAAUCUGGAUCUGAUCUAGGCUAGUCCUGAUCUCGAAUCCGCCUUUUCCAGAUGCUGAUCCUGGCAGUUCUCUUGUACGAAUCAGAAACGUGGAUUUCUGCUCAAACCAGAGCAGAACAAACUCGAGCUUUUCCAAACGCGAUGUCAGAUCUUGGGUGUUUCCCUUCGUGAUGGAUUCCGCAACGACACCGUCCUCCGGACAAGAUGCGGCAUCCAGCCGGCGAUCGGAUAGACGAUUCGGUCGGGGCGGCUGAGGUGGUUUGCGCACGUCUGCCGAAUGAGCACCACCCGUAUACCGUAUUACUUUUUCUAGUGGCAACGACAGAGGACUAGAAGGUGCAAAGAUCUGCGCCAAAAGAAGACAUGGUCCAAGCAAAUCCAGGAGGAUCUGAAAAACUACCGACUCCGUCUCCAUGACACCAAGGCCAUUGCCAUGGAUCGUAAAACAUGGAAAGGCAUCAUGUGUGAACUUCGAAAUCCAACAGCAGCGUACCGACUCCGGAGGCAACCCCACCCUGUCGCCCACUAGGGACCGAAGAAGUUCUGAUCUCGAACUCACCAACAUGGUCUCGACUACAGCCCUGAAUGUGUACUGAAGAAUGGGUUACCAAUCUGGAACACACUACACCUCAGCACUCGACAUUUCUGGACUAUUUGUACAAUGUUUCCUUUAUUGUAUGCACCAAAUUACAUCCUCAAUCAAGUGCACAAUUAAUAACCAGUUCCAGACAAAUAAAACUUUGAUAGUUGUUGUUGUUUUUUUUUUUUUAACAAAGGUGUGGUGCUGUUUAAGCUCGGUGACGUGAGUGACCAUUUUGGCCAGUGUUCAGUGUUUGAUGUUAAUGUCCACACUAUAAACAUCUGCUACAUAUAGAACAUUAUCUCUACACACAAACACACCCGAGGAUAUAUACACACCCUUAAUAUCUACAGAAUGUCCCAUAGGAGAACCAGCAGUAACAUCACCGUGGAAACCAGUGUGUGUGUGUGUAUGUAGGCGGGGCCAGAUCUUCAUCAUCACAGAUUUUCUCUGUCCCUGUGGAUGUAUCAUGCAUAAGGGAGAGAUUUCUCGAAGACCUGUGAUCUGAUGCACCACAGAUCCCCUGGAGAAUCACGGCUCACGUGCACCAAUCAAGUUAAUAGUCAGUAGAGGGGAUUUCUAACCUGAUAGACCUGAUGUAAAAAUAACUCCCGAGUCACAGUGCUUCCUCCUGCUGAGACUCAGACUUCCUGUUUACCUCUAUCUCACAUGAUGAGUUUCUUCUCCUCAGUGCUCAUUGAUGAACAAAUGUCUAAACUAUAUUACAUUCACCUGCAAUGAAAAAAUAUAUAUCAGUAAGCAUAAUGUAUAUAAUCUGAUUGCUGAUAGGCUGAAUAUGAGGCCUUUUCACAUUGCUUUGGGUUUUGUAAUUAUAAAUACACUUGGAUUAAAUCCUGGACUGGAUUACUUGUUUCAAUAGUAUUAACCAGUGGAUGAAUUUACAGCCAGCACAAUCACAAACAGCCUUUAUGUGUGUCCUGGUCUUUUUUCAGGAUAGGAUUUUUAGAUAUAAAUCAUUAAGGGACAACAUGAGAGAGAGAGAAAAAAAAAACAGUUGUAGGGUACAGAAGAAAGCCUAAAAUAUAGUGUAUGAAAAUGUAUUGAGCUGCUUUUUAACAUGAUAAUGUCAAAUUUUAAUGCACAUUUUAUACAUAAAAUGCAGCUCUAAAUGAUAAUCAGAUAGGAACAUAAUAUGAGCAGUAAUAAUAAAAAAAAGAAAAAGAAUGCAUAUAUGUAAACAUUAAAAAAUAGUUAAUAAGAAUAAUUCAUAUAGAAUAGCUCGUAAAAGAAAAACAGUUAAUAAAAGCUGAGGAAACUAUAUAAAAUAGUCUUUAGUCGCUUUUUAAUGAUAAUAUUAUUGUUGUGAUUACUUGUUAGCACUAAGCUAGAGUAGAAAAGUUUGCCAUUGUAAUGAAUUUAUAAACGAUAAAAACCGCUUUAAUUUAAUUCUGAUUGAAUUUAAUAUAUUAACAUCUAAACUUUAUUUAACAUGUAAAGUUGUAUGUGAGCUGACGCAGAUGCAGCUGAGCUCCGUUCCUCACAUUACCACACGUCUAGCUGAGCUGGCUUUAUUUAGCUUUUCACCUCUCACCGGGCGGCUAAUUUGCAUUUCCGCAUUAUUAAUGAGUGACACCUGAUUUAGCCAAUCGACGUUGAGAAUGGUCUGACGCGGACCAAUGGGAAUGCGGGAAGGGAAGGCGCGCGCCGUUCUACUCCAAUAGCGCGGCGAGCGGAGGCGGAGAAAGCAGAGCAGGAUUAAUCCGAUACAUUUUUAGAUUUAAUAUCUAGCGAGCGCUCGUGAUUUCCGGUUCGCUUUAAGGUGUACACUGAAAGACUGACAAUGUGGCCGUUUAGGUGUUCGGUCGCUUUGAAGGAACUGCUCAAACCAAACAGGACGAGUCCGUUAUUUGUUAUCGCCAGGGAUAAGACGUCACGAGCCGCUCGCGACAAAGUCACACCGGCGACGUGGACGGGCGCGCGUGCUCCCGCCGGAGGAUGCCGCCGUUAUCUGUGCACGAGCUCUGGUCAAACAAAAAACGACAAAGAUGCAGCCAACGAGAAUCCAGGAACGAGUGAGGAACCUGUUCCGCAACAUAAACACAUGUGGUGGAAGGCAGGAAUCCUGCCCAGUCUGGAGGAUCUGCUCUUCUACACCAUUGCUGAGGGCCAAGAAAAAAUCCCAGCACACAAGUUUACUACGGCGUUGAAAGCGACAGGUCUGCGUACAGGAGAUCCCCGUCUGAAGGAGUGUAUGGAGAUGCUGAAGAUCACACUGAAGACCUCAUCUGAUGGAGCACUGGAUCGACACCUCUUUAAAAAAUGUGUCCAGAGCAACAUUGUGCUGCUCUCUCAGGCGUUCCGGAAGAAGUUUGUGAUUCCUGAUUUCCAGUCGUUCACAUCGCACAUCGACGAGCUAUACGAAGGCGCCAAGAAGCUCUCUGGAGGACAGGUGGCAGACUACAUCCCCCAGCUGGCUAAGUUCAGUCCUGAUUACUGGGCCGUGUCUCUCUGUACUGUUGAUGGCCAGAGACACACAGCAGGCGAUACUAAAGUGCCAUUCUGCCUGCAGUCGUGCGUGAAGCCGCUGAAAUACGCCAUCGCCGUUCACGAUCACGGCACCGAGUACGUGCACCGCUUCAUCGGGAAAGAACCCAGCGGGCUGCGCUUCAACAAGCUGUUCCUCAACGAGGACGAUAAGCCACACAAUCCGAUGGUGAACGCAGGAGCGAUAGUCUGUACCUCACUCAUCAAGCAAGGUGCCGGAAAUGCAGAGAAGUUCGACUAUGUGAUGAACUUCAUGAAAAAGAUGGCUGGGAACGAGCACGUGGGUUUCAGCAAUGCGACGUUUCAGUCUGAGAGAAUGUCUGGAGACAGGAACUUUGCCAUCGGUUACUAUCUGAAGGAGAAGAAGUGUUUCCCAGAGGGCACAGAUAUGACCGCUAUCCUGGACUUCUACUUCCAGCUGUGUUCUAUAGAGGUGACGUGUGAGAGUGCUAGCGUGAUGGCGGCUACGUUGGCCAACGGAGGAUUCUGUCCAAUCACAGGCGAGCGUGUACUGAACCCCGAGGCCGUGAGGAACACGCUGAGCCUCAUGCACUCCUGCGGCAUGUACGACUUCUCCGGCCAGUUCGCCUUCCAUGUGGGUUUACCAGCGAAGUCAGGUGUGGCUGGUGGUAUUUUGUUGGUGGUUCCGAAUGUGAUGGGUAUCAUGUGCUGGUCUCCUCCUCUGGACAAACUGGGGAACAGCGUCCGUGGCAUCAAGUUCUGCACGGAUCUGGUGCAUCUGUGUAACUUCCACAACUAUGAUAAUCUGCGUCACUUUGCUAAGAAGCUGGAUCCUCGGCGAGAGGGCGGAGACGAGCGGGUCAAAUCUGUUAUUAAUCUGCUGUUUGCUGCGUACACAGGGGACGUGUCUGCACUGAGGAGGUUCGCUCUGUCCUCGAUGGACAUGGAGCAGAGAGAUUAUGACUCCAGGACGGCGCUUCACGUUGCUGCUGCUGAAGGUCACACUGAGGUUGUGCGCUUCCUUCUCGAGGCCUGUAAGGUGAACCCCGAACCCAGAGACAGGUGGGGGAACACACCCAUGGACGAGGCUGUACACUUCGGUCAUCAUGACGUUGUGACGAUUCUGCAGGAUUACCACAACAAGUACAGUCCUCAGGAGAGCCGGCCCGCCGGGGACAAAGAGACUGCUGAGAAGAACCUUGAUGGCUUGCUCUGAGUGUGUGUUUGUGUGUGUGUGUGUGUGUGUGUUUGUGUGCGCGUCAUGUUCCUGAUGAUUAUCUCCGUAGACCCUGUGUAGGGAUGUGGUCACGUGUUUGUGCGUAAGGGUGUAUUUAUUAUAGAUGGUGUGUGUGUUGUGCGUAUACGUAUGUAACCUGCAGGUGAUGCUCCACAGGGUUGCCAGAUUGGUGAAAUUCUGCUUCAUUGCCAUUUCUUCUAUCAAAUCAGGAAACCUUGACUAUAAAUAAAUGUCAUUCUAACUGUGGCUAUAAGUCCAUUACCGUUAAUUAGGAGGGUUUAAAUCCUUUCAAUCUGGCAACGCUGUGACAUUUCCCUUUACUGCAGCUGUAUUAUUGAUCCAUACACACACUGAAUGUGUUGUAUAUUAUGUAUAAGUGUAGUGUUAGGAAAUAUUUAGUGUCGUAGUUUUUUUCCGGUAGCUACAAAAAGUAAGACUUUAUUUUAUUUAUUUAGUUUUUUUUUUAAAAAGAAAUGAUCGAUCAGGUUUGGGAUCGUGGAUGAGCUUUUCUCCGAUCGCAUGGUUGUUUGCCUUUUUAAUGGGUUGUGAAGGGUUAAUGGUUAUAAAUCAAGCAUCAAUAAUCACUAACACGGUACAUCACAAUAUUCAACCUGAAGCAGGGAAUACACAUUCAUUAAAAAAAAAAUAAGUAUGUUUGUCUUCCAGUGAAUAUGAAACGUUCUCCAGGUCAGGGGGUUCCGCACAUAACGGGUAAAGAGUACGGUGUUCUACUGACAGGACGACGGCUCGUGUUUUUGUUUAAAACCUGCCGCAUUAAAACAGAAUUCGUUCUGCGUGUAUAUUGUGGAUUUUAACACGUGGCUCAGCCAAUCAGACUGUAGAUCUGUUUAAAAAUGAAAGGUGCAUUAGCUAAGACUUGUAAAGAUGUAUAGUACGUUGAGGUGAAUCCAAUUUGAACUAUCUGUUUACUUACUCCUCGAGCCCGCCCCCUCGUACCCAGCGUACGCAGAGCUCCGCCCCCGAACCUACGGCUGUAGAAUUAACGUUCGGACGUCCGAUUGCUCGAAAGCCGUGUUCUAUGUUUCUAUUUCAAUUUGGUUUAUCCAAACUGACCCACUUGGCUCUCUAAGUAACGAAAACUUUAUUCGAACAGCUUAAGUCCAUCACCAGUGAUAAACGACGUCCAGCGCGGUGGGAAAAUCUAGUUUUUAAUUCAGGUUUUACGACGUUUCUUGUUACGUUUUUAAAAUACAUAAAUAAAUAAAUAAAUAAAUCGCAGGAGAAUACUCUCCUGGCUGCCUCUGGGCGCGUAGAAGUUUAAAUGCGUUAAAACGUGUCGUCUAAACACGAGUCACUCCGGACCAUAAAGAUUUCCACACGUUUUUUUUCAUCCACGUGUUACACGUUCGCGGCGUGAACCUUUAGUUUGUAUCGUGUGAUGCAGAUUUCCCAGGUUAUCAGUGCAGGACGAAAAUGUUCAAACUCGCACCUUUUAAUUUUAUUUUGUCGGACUUCUCGUGCUCCGUCUCGGAGCAGGUGGCCUAUGUACUAUGUGACUUGUGUGCAAUUCUGAAGGGUUCUUAUUUAUAUACCUGGGGUGCACGCAAAAAAUUUUCUUCACAGUUUUAUUUAUCCCGAAUAUGUGUGUGUGUGUGUGUUUCCUCUGUGCUGUAGUUUUAAAGUGUGUUUAACUUUGUAUUAUUGUGAUGCACUGUAUUGCUGAUUAUGGGCUGAUGUGUGUUUAGCGUGUGUGUGUGUGUGUGUGUGUGUGUGUGUUUUCGAAAUCAGUUCUGAAUGUACUGAAGUGUGACCGGUGAGUUUUAGGGACCAGAGAAAUUAAGAUCAGAGGUAAGACAACGUAAAGACCAAAACAGAUUCACGACGGUUUGUUUACUUAUGUAUUUUAUUUAUUUAUUUAUCGGGUGAAAAGUACUUGAAACAAACAAACAAAACAAAACAAAAAAACACACAGAGGAAUUCUCAUUUAUGAACAGCCUGGAUACGCCGACUCUCGUGCAUGAUUAAAUCGAGCAGUAGGUUACCGAAAAUUGCCUUCAUUUGGACAUAAAAAUUUAAAAAAAUAAAAAAGAUUUACAUGAACCUGGUCGUUUAAAAGUUUACUAUCUUGAUAUUUCAUAUUGUAGACUGUGAGGAAAUGACAACAAAAUACUCGAAUAUGUCUGGUGUGUGUAUAGAAAAGCGUAAGAUCACUAUAUAUACACAGUAUAAUCCAUAAUUAUUGGCACCCUUUAUAUACACACAGUAUACGACAGACUUUGUAGCUUUAUUUAAAUACAGACAUUUUUUUUCCCCCUUUCACACAGUAAACAUAAUAAACUACCCCCAUCCCCCCAAAUACAAAAAAAAACCGCAAAACUUUUUAAAGGGUGCCAAUAAAUUUGCGUAUCCAGGCUGGGAAAGCAUUUAUACCAUGUACCCAUAAAAGAAAAAACUGUUUGUCGCGAGUUGCUGCUGGAGAAGAGAGGAAGAGUUUUUAUAGCAAGCUAUGAUCCUUUAGCGUACGAUAGUAACACGGUGAAAAAGAACAGCUGUAGAAAUCGAUCUAAUCUAGUGACACCCUGCACUCUGACCAAUCACAGGCUGUGUUUACGACUGAAUGUAUUAGAUUUAUUUAUAUAUACACACUCUAUAUUAAUAUGGAUAUGCGUAUGUUUUUGUUUGUACUCUCGCUGUUCCGGUUCAGUGG